UCGAUUUGGCUCGACGCUCGAUACUUCGAUAGUCGACUUGACUUUUGUAAAUAGUGAAAAUCAAAAUAACUGCUGCUCCUGGCUCGUAUUAUGCGAUCAUCUAGGUCUACCAGACCUGAUCUAAAAAUAGAUAUUAUACACGUACAAUAUUAUGAUAACAUUUACUCUGAAAUAAUUGAGCAAGUUGCCGAUUGUUAAAAGUAUAAACCAUGGGAACCCGAAGUAAAUUUCAAGAAGUGCAGCUAGAGAUCAAGAAAUUAUUCACGUGGAGUUAUCUUAAAGGACUUGUAGUUAAUCCUGCACAAGUGCAACUUGUUGCUUUUUUAAUCAUAUUGGCGGAAUUGGUACUCAACAUUGUUAUCGUAGAAAGAGUACCUUACACCGAAAUUGACUGGAAAGCCUAUAUGCAAGAGUGUGAAGGUUUUCUAAAUGGAACAUUGAAUUAUACAAAGCUGCGAGGUGAUACAGGACCGUUAGUAUAUCCAGCAGGUUUUGUCUAUAUUUACUCCAUAUUCUAUUUUCUUACUGAACAUGGAAAAAAUAUUAAGUUUGCUCAAUAUAUAUUUAUUGGUGUGUAUUUGAUUUUGUUAACUCUAGUUCUUAGGAUUUACAUUAAAACUAGAAAAGUGCCACCUUAUGUGCUAGUCAUUACUAUAUUAACUUCAUAUAGAAUACAUUCAAUUCAUGUUUUGCGAAUGUUUAAUGAUCCAGUUGCAGUUCUUUUCCUAUAUGCAUCAUUGAAUUUAUUCCUGGACUCACAAUGGUACUUAGGAAGUCUAUUUUAUAGUUUAGCAGUGUCAAUCAAAAUGAACAUUUUAUUGUAUGCACCAGCAUUGUUCUUCUUUUAUUUAGUAAAUCUUGGCACAAAGGGCACUAUAUUACAAAUAUUUGUGUGUGCUGUUGUCCAACUUUUACUUGGCUUACCUUUUCUGCUAGUUGAUCCCAAAGCAUACAUUAAAGGUAGUUUUGAUUUGGGUAGAGUUUUUAAUCACACUUGGACAGUCAACUACAGGUUUUUAGAUGUAAAACUAUUUGAAAAUCCAGAGUUUCAUAUUACAUUAUUAUCACUGCAUGUAUUAAUUUUAAUUAUAUUCAUACCUAUGUGUAUUAAAUACUUCAAAAGCUACUGCCGUUUAAAAUAUGUGCAAAAACAAGUGCAACCACAAAUAGAUGCACAGAAUCAAGAAAAUAAAAGAAAAACUAAACUGAAGAAUGUGAAACCAAAGACUAAAGAAAUAAAACUCUCUAAGGAGCAGGAAGACUUUUUAAAUUCAUUUGAAGCUAUGUUGCAAAAAUCAUCAAAAAAAGUAGAGGGUGGCCAUAAGAAGCCUCAACAUAAGAAAUUUAUAGUUGAAGAAGUUGAGGAACAGCCUUAUUCAAUUAAUUUUGAUGUAUUAUCACAGUUGUUUAUCUUGCCCAUGUUCUUGGUGAAUUUUAUAGGCAUUGUCUGUGCUCGGAGUCUCCACUAUCAGUUUUAUUCAUGGUAUUUUCAUACUUUGCCCUACCUUCUAUGGUCAACUAAUUAUUCAGUAAUUGUAAGAUUUUUAAUAUUAGCACUCAUAGAACUUUGUUGGAAUACAUAUCCUAGUACUGAAAUAACAAGUGUAAUGCUACACAUUUGUCACCUCACUAUAUUAUAUGGUGUUUUUGAAAAAAUGUCAAAAGAAUUAAAUAUUGCUGCCAAAGUACAAUAGUCAUAAAUCAAAAUAAAUGAUUUUGUGUUUUUUCUUUUUAAUAAAACGUUGUAGCAUUUGUAUGGCUUUUUAUCUAUUCCUUUUUGUGAAACUUGCAGACACCAGUAAUUUUGUCCACCUUUAGACUUUAAACCAGCUCUGACAACAAAAUCUAUUCUUAAUAGAUGUCCACUAUAGCUAGUGUGCUGUAGCACAGUGCCGGUGACAGUUCAUUUUAUUCUUGAAAGUUUGCCUUGAUUCUUAAAGUACAUAUUAUGAACGUCAUAUUGCAACUGUCACCUGCACCAAGCUACAGCACAUGAUUAUGAUGAGUGACUUUUCUCUUUUAUAUUUACAUUAGCAAAUCUGUUCAAACAUCGCUUUAGGUGCAUUUAUUCACUACUCCUAAUAAAUAGAUAUGUAAGCUAUUAUCACUUUCAGGUUGGAUCUAACCUUGUAACGAAUUGUAAAUCUAUGGAUCUAACUGCCAACAGUGUACAAAUUUGAUUAUAAUUAUUUUAGUAGUUUAGGUAUUUUGUAUUGGGUAAUCUGGAUCUACUGAACUGAUUUUGAAUUUUUAUGUACCAAUAGAAAUUCUGUUCCAGUUUCUCCACCAUCUGAUAAGUUUUAGACAUCUUGGUCACAAGGUUAGUCAUUGUCAUUCAACAAAGGUAAGAAAUAAAAAAACUCAUGAGUGUACAUUUAUAUUUUCUAACAAUUCAUCAGAUGGUAGUGAAACUGACCAUUAAACUAGCAUAUCAAAGAAAACUACACAGUAAGCGUUUUGAGAAAUAUUUAUUAUGAACCUUAUUAAAUACAACUAAUCAAACGAAAUCCAAUUAGACUCCUUAAAAUUUAGAGAUAGAGGCGCAUAAUAUUUCCUCCUUUAUCACAAUAUCCACUAUAAAUGGAUCCAUUGCCUCUGCCAAGUUUUCCCAAAUGUUUCUUUAGCAGAAUAUUUGUCAGCACAAACAGCGAGUAGGCAAGGUAGGUUAUUACCCUCAUCAAUAAAAUAAAUAAUAAUCAAUAGAAACUGAGUGUGUAUAUUCUAAAACAAUUAAAUUUUUUUUUAUCUGUCUAGUUUUUGAAACUACCAUAUUUAUACACAGGUAGAUCAUUUGACAAAGUAUAGAUUUUUAGGUUUUGAAUUGUUCGAAACUUAGGUUAAAGUUAACCUAUAGAACCUCAUGUAAUGACAAUAUUAGCCACAUUUGGUAGUAAUUAUAUGCAUGAUAGUUUUGCAUAGUAUGCAAGAUUGAAAAACAAGUUUUUAAAAUGAACAUGGUUGUAAUUUAUUUUUUUGUACCUAUACUUGAAUGAAAGUUAGUAAUUUUUACAGAUAAUUAGUUGUGUUCAAAAAUAACUAAGUACUAAAAUGUCAGGUGUUAACCUGCCUUAAAGUAUGGAUUAUAGAGAAUUCCACAAAAGAAGAAUUUUGAAAUAAUAUUGCACACUAUGUUAAAAUACUUUCAUUACUCGCCCUGUGUUGACAUUAUAAUAUUCAUCAUAAGACCUUAAAAAUAUAUUUUUCUAUAUUAUAACAAGCUUGUAAAGAACAAUUUUAACUCACUUGCUGUUACUCUCAGACGAAUUAUAUAUGGACUGCCUUGCUAGACGUUACCCCUCUGCCAAAGUAUAAGAGCAAAGAUCCAAUGCGUUU